CCUCCCCCGCGCCGCGCUCUGCCCCCGACUUCCUCCCUUCGGUUGCGCGGAGCGAGCGGCCGCGAUGAGGAGCUGAUUCUCGAGGGCAGAGUCGCGCCCGUGCCGCAGCCCGAGACGCGCCGGGAUUCGGCGCCACCGCUUCACUCAGGGAUCCUGAAACUGGUGCUUUGCAAAAAUAGCCAUCCCACCAACUAACAAAAAUGUGGAAACAUCGACAUUUGCCCUUUGCAGCAAUCUUUUGUCUUUUACUCUCAGGCUGUCAUAUAGCUGAUGCCCAGAUAAAAACUGAUGUCAAAAUUGGCGCCGCUGCUGAUAUAAUAUUUCUAGUGGAUUCCUCUUGGAGCAUUGGAAAGGAACAUUUCCAACUUGUUCGAGAGUUUCUAUAUGAUGUUGUAAAACAAUUAGAUGCGGGUGAAAAUGAUUUUCGCUUUGGUCUGGUCCAGUUCAGCGGAGACCCACAUACAGAGUUCCAGUUAAACACCUAUCAUACUAUGAAAGAUAUCCUCUCCCAUAUUUCGCAUAUGGCUUAUAUGGGGGGAGGAACCAAGACUGGACAAGGAUUAGAGUUCCUAAUUCGGAACCAUCUCACUAAAGUUGCUGGAAGCAGAGCGAGCGAUGGCGUCCCCCAGAUUAUUAUAGUGUUAACGGAUGGACGGUCUCAGGAUGAUGUGGUUCUGCCCUCAUUUGUUCUUAAGUCUGCCGAUGUAAACAUGUUUGCCAUCGGAGUUCAGGAUGCAGUGGAAAGGGAAUUAAUGGAAAUAGCAAGUGAACCCCUUGAUACGCACCUGUUCAACCUAGAGAAUUUCACUGCUCUGCACGACAUUAUAGGAGACUUAGUGGCCAGUGUUCAUUCAUCUGUGACUCCAGAAAUGGCUGGAGCCAAUGGAGUGAUUAAAGACAUUACAGCACAAGAAUCCGCUGACAUUAUUUUCCUUAUUGAUGGAUCAAACAACAUCGGCGCUCUCACUUUCGCAGCCUUUCGUGAUUUUCUUGCAAAUUUUAUUGAAAGACUCUCAGUUGGAGCUGAGCAGAUACGCAUUGGGGUGGUGAUGUAUAGCGAUCAACCCAGAACUGUGUUCUCCUUCAAUAGCCACGCCGACAAGGCUGACGUUCUAGAGGCAAUGAAAGCCCUUAGUUUCCCUGGCGGGGAGGAAGCUAAUAUUGGGGAAGCUCUCGAGUACGUAGCACAAAACCACUUCACCCGGUCAAGAGGCAGCAGGAUAGAGGAAGGGGUACCGCAGGUUUUAGUGCUGAUAAGUGGCAGUGAGUCGAGCGAUGACAUUAGAGAGGGGGUUUUAGCCAUCAAAAGAGCGAGUAUAUUCACAUUUUGCAUUGGGGCACAAAAUGCUGACCAUGUAGAACUUCAGCACAUUGCUACUGAUGGAAGCUUCGUAUUCACUGCCCUGGACACACGUAACCUUGGCGAACUUCAAGAACUCUUACUACCAAACAUUGCAGGAGUGGCCCAAAGGCUCAUUUUGUUAGAUGCCCCAACCAUUCUUACAGAAGUUUCUGAAGCCAAUCAGAAGGACAUAGUCUUCCUGAUAGAUGGCACAACAAUACAGGGAAAUGCCCCUUUUAAUGGAAUUCGUGAGUUCCUUGCCAAAAUCAUCAACAGACUGGACAUUGGAGCGGACAAGAUCAAAGUUUCCGUGGCGCAAUAUACAGAUAGCGUGAAACCAGAAAUCUAUUUCAGCACUGCCCAAGACAAAGCUGCCAUUGUUAGCAGCGUCAAGAAAAUGAAACCAGUUGGUGGCGAUACGCUCAAUACAGGUUCUGCACUAAGGUAUGCUAAAAACAACUUGUUCACCCGAGACGUAGGAUGCAGGAUCGAUGAAGGUGUCCUACCUAUGCUGGUCCUGAUUACUGGCGGUAAAUCCAGAGAUGAUGUUGCCCAACCAGCACAAGAAGUAAAAAGCAGAGGCAUAUUGGCCCUUGCGGUGGGAGCUCUGAGUGCGGAUCGCGCUGAACUAGAACAAGUUGCCUUCAGUCCGAGCCUGGUAUUCACUGCUGCUGAUUUCCGCCAAGUUACUAUGCAGCCUCUUAUCCCCGAUGUCUUGACACAUAUACGGACCCUCUCUGGAACUAUUGUGGAAACGACGACAACAGAAGUUCUGGCAAACAAAAGGGAUAUCAUCUUUCUUUUGGAUGGAUCAGUCAACGUUGGAAAUACCAACUUUCCAUAUGUCCGUGACUUGGUUGUGAGCCUAGUUAAGUUCCUUCAGGUUGGAAUUGAUGAUAUACGAAUCGGCUUAGUGCAAUUUAGCGAGAACCCUAAAACUGAAUUCUUUUUAAACACUUUCCUAACCAAGUCAGAUGUCCUUAAUCGUCUAAGCCAGCUGAGGCUCCAGGGGGGGUCAGUGCUGAACACUGGCUCUGCCCUAGACUUUGUUCUUUCCAAUCAUUUCACUGAAGCCGGUGGGAGCAGGAUAGAUGAAAAAGUUCCUCAGGUUCUAGUCUUCCUUGCGGCGGGGCCAUCUGCCGACUCCUUCCGACAGGCCGCUAAUGCUUUAGCCCGCGCAGGAGUGCUGACGUUCUGCAUUGGUGUUAGGAAUGCCGAUCGGGCAGAACUCCAACAGAUCGCAUUUAAUCCACAAAUGAUGUACUUUAAGGAUGAUUUCAGUUCUCUGGCUGCUUUACCGCAAGAAAUUAUUAGGCCACUAACGACAUACAUUAGUAAUGGUGAGGAAGAAGUCUCCAUUCCAUUUGCAGAAAGCAAGAAAGAUAUCUUAUUCUUGACUGAUGGCUCAACAAACGUUGCAGGACAGUUUAUUCCCAUUCGGGAGUUUUUGUUAAACGUUAUUACUGACCUGGAUGUGACGCCAGAAACCAUCCGUGUAGCUGUGGCACAAUUUAGUGAUAAUGUACAAGUGGAGUUCAACUUUGAGGAGCUCCCGUCGAAGGCAGACAUCCUUCAGAAAGUGAGAAGAAUGAAGAUGAAAUCAGGGCGACCACUCAACAUGGGCGCUGCCUUAGAUUUUGCCCAGAAGAACAUCUUUGUGAGGAAUGCUGGGAGCAGAAUUGAAGAAGGAGUGCCACAAUUCCUUGUUCUCCUUGCAGCUGGGAGGUCAAGUGACAAUGUGGAGCAGGCUGCUAAUGCCCUGAAACAAGCAAAUAUUGUCCCCUUCGUGAUCAAAUCCAGGACUGCAGAUGCGGCAGAAUUGGAAAAGAUAGUUUUUGACCCUCAAUUCAUUCUAAAUGCAGAUCAACUACCUAGAAUUGGGGACAUUCAACCCCAAAUAGUUAAUCUACUGAAAACCAUCGAACUUGCACCCAGAGAGGUUGAGAAGAAGGAUGUCGUGUUUCUGAUAGAUGGUUCAGAUGGCAUGAGAAGAAGUUUCCCCGCAUUGAUAACCUUUGUAGAAACUGUGGUUCGAAAUCUGAAUGUCGGCCCCGAUGACGUUCGGGUUGCUGUGGCCCAAUACAGCAACGUUCCUAAAGUGGAGUUCCUCCUGAAUGCCUACUCGGACAAGAACGCUGUGAUCAGUGCGGUUCAGCGUUUAUCCCCCAUGGGAGGCUCACCACUUAACACGGGAGCUGCCCUCGACUACCUUCUGCGCAGUGUAUUCGUCAGGCAGGGUGGGAGCAGAGUGGCUGAAGGUGUCCCCCAGUUCUUGAUCCUGGUGACAGCAGACAGGUCCAGAGAUGAUGUCACGAGGCCUGCGGUGGCUCUGAAGGGCAGCGGGGCAGUGCCCUUUGGCAUUGGCAUUGGGAACGCAGACAUCACUGAGCUGCGAACCAUUUCUUUUAUCCCUGAAUUUGCGAUCCUCGUUCCUGAUGUCAGACAACUAAGCAAUGCACAGCAGUUUGUUUCACAGAAAGUGGUUCAGUUGACCAAGCAAGAAAUAGAAUCCCUGCAGCCCAUUUUAAUUCCACCACCUACAGUGGAUUUAAAAAAAGAUAUCGUAUUCCUUAUUGACGGCUCUCAGUUUGCAGCUCCCGAGUUUUCUUCUGUUCGAGAAUUUAUUGAGCGGCUUGUAGCUGGCUUAAAUGUGGAUUCUGAUGCCACUCGGGUAGCUGUGAUUCAGUUCAGUGAAGACCCCAGAGUUGAAUUUCUGCUGAAUGCGUACUCCACAAAAGACGAAGUACAGACUGCUGUGAGAAGGCUAAGUCCCAAAGGAGGGAGACGAGUAAAUGUUGGAUCUGCCCUGGAGUAUGUGUCAAGAAAUAUAUUUACAAGGCCUUCGGGAAGCCGUAUAGAAGAGGGGGCACCACAGUUUUUAAUUCUCCUCAUUUCUCGCCCAUCUGAUGAUGAAGUAGAGGACCCUGCACUCCAAGUCAAACGAGUGGGUGUGGCACCUCUGGCUGUUGCGAAAAAUGUGGACACCCAGGAACUGGUGAAAAUAGCUCUUAGUCCUGAGUAUGUGUUCCAAGUGUCAAGUUACCAGGAUCUACCUAGUUUGGAACAGAGAUUGCUCACCCCUAUUAAAACACUCACUACACAGCAGAUACAUAGACUUAUAGGUGAUACACGUCCUCCUCCAGAUAUUGACAGUGAUGCAAAGGACGUUGUCUUCCUUAUUGACAGCUCUGAUGGUGUUGGGCAAGAAAACACUGCUCACAUUCGAGAUUUCAUUAUGCGGUUUGUCCAGCAGUUGGCUGUUGGAGAACACAAAGUGAGAGUUGGUUUGGUUCAGUUCAGCAAUGAAGUGUUCCCUGAGUUGUUCUUAAGAGACUCCAAAUCCAAAGGUGUCGUGCUUGGUGCCAUACGCCGAUUGCGGUUCAGAGGAGGAACUCCCCUGAACGUUGGGAAAGCACUGGACUAUGUCGUGAAGAAUGUCUUUGUUAAGUCUGCGGGAAGCAGACGAGAAGACGGAGUCCCACAGCAUUUAGUUCUCCUUCUUGGAGGGAGAUCUCAAGAUGACGUCAGCAGACCAACCGAUGUGAUGCAGGUGUCUGGAAUUAAACGUCUGGGCAUAGGAGCAAGAAAUGUUGAUGGUGCUGAACUGGGAAGGAUUACCGGUGAUCCUGGAGCCACAUAUGGUGUCAGAGAAUUUAUAGACCUCCCAACAAUAGAAAGGAGGAUCUUUGCAUCAUUUCAGGCGCUUCCGGAACCAACAGUGGAACCUGACGUUAUAAUUCCUGUUGAUAAAAAACAAGCCGACAUUGUGUUUUUGCUGGAUGGCUCCAUCAACUUUGGGAGAGACAAUUUCCAAGAAGUUAUUGACUUCAUAGCAGGUGUGAUCGAUGCUAUUUACGAAGAAGGAGAUUCCAUUCAAGUUGGCUUAGUCCAGUACAACUCAGAUGUGACCGAUGAAUUCUUUCUGAAAGACUUCUCCAACAAACAACAGAUCAUAGAUGCGAUUGAAAAAGUGGCCUACAAAGGAGGGAGAGUCUCCAAUGCUGGUGCAGCCAUCAAACACGUACAGGCAAAGCACUUUGUGAAGGAGGCCGGCAGCCGGGCUGACCAGAAAGUUCCUCAGAUUGCUUUCAUCAUCACAGGAGGCAGGCCGGACGAUGAUGGGUAUGCAGCUGCCUCCACCCUGGCACGGACAGGUGCAAAGGUGUUUGCAGUUGGGGUGAAGAAUAUUGACGCAGGGGAAAUUUCCCAGCUCGCCAGUGAGAGUACCACGGCAUUCAGGUCUCCGACAGCUUCUGGCCUCUCUGAGCUAAAUGAGGCAGUCUUGGUUACCAUGGCAGAUGUCAUGAAAAAGCAGUUGUGCCAAGUCAUAGGGGAAGUCUCAAGAGAUUGCAAUCUGGACGUUAUACUUGGAUUUGAUGUAUCAGAUGUUGGGCCGCGGCAAAGUAUAUUCAUUGCUCAGAGGGUUCUGGAGUCAAAGGUUGAGGACAUUCUGAACAGGAUUAGUCAAAUACAGAAAAUUAGCUGCACUGGCAAUCAGACCCCUUCGGUACGGGUGGCUCUUCUGGCGCAGACUCCCACUGGACCAAUGGAAGCGUUCGACUUUUCCGAAUAUCAACCAGAGUUGUUUGGAAAGUUUCAAGACUUGCACAACCGUGGUCCAUUUGUUCUAACUGCUGAGACUCUCAAAUCUUAUCAGAAUAAAUUUGCUUCAGCAUCCGGUGGAAAUGUAAAGGUGGUGAUACACUUGACUGAUGGGAUAGAUGGCUCCAGGGAACAGUUGGAAGCUGCGUCUGCUGCUCUAAAGAGAGAAGGGGUCAAGGCUUUCAUUCUUGUUGGGUUGGAGAGAGUAGCGAACUAUGAGGAUUUGAUGCGGCUGGAAUUUGGACGCGGCUUCACUUACAAUCGGCCUCUCCGAGUUAACCUGCUGGAUUUAGAUUUUGAAUUGGCAGAGCAGCUGGACAAUGUUGCAGAAAGAGCCUGCUGUGGGGUACCGUGCAAAUGUUCUGGGCAACGAGGGGACAGGGGAUUGCCAGGUUCAAUUGGACCAAAGGGAGCUCAAGGAGAAGAUGGCUACAGAGGCUAUCCAGGAGACGAAGGUGGGCCGGGAGACCGUGGACCUCUGGGGAUCAAUGGAACGCAGGGAUUUCAAGGUUGUCCUGGGGAGAGAGGAGCAAAGGGCAAUCGUGGAUUCCCAGGUGAAAAGGGAGAAUUGGGAGAGAUUGGACUGGAUGGAAUCGAUGGGGAAGAAGGAGACAGAGGACAUCCAGGUUCUCCUGGGGAGAGGGGAAGCCAUGGAAGAAGGGGUGACAAAGGAGGCAAAGGAGAACAAGGAGAACGUGGAGAACGUGGACUGCGAGGAAAUUCGGGUGCACCAGGAACAGAGAGCAAUCAAGAAGGACCCAGGGGCCAGAAGGGUGAACUUGGACCAGUGGGCGAACCCGGAGCAGAUGGACCGCCAGGUCCCCCAGGAGGGCGUGGAAGAAAUGGUGGACAAGGCAGAAGAGGACCCCCUGGUGUCAAAGGAAAUCGAGGUCUUCCAGGUCUACAAGGGUCCGUGGGAGAACAGGGUACCAGAGGGCCACAGGGACCACCUGGCCAGGCUGGAACUCCUGGUCUUCGAGGAGAGCAAGGCAUCCCUGGGCCAAGGGGUGGAGGAGGCCCACCUGGGCCUGCAGGAGAACGUGGCCGGCCUGGCCCUCUUGGUAGAAAGGGUGAGCCAGGUGACCCUGGUCUGAAAGGCCCCGCUGGUCCUGUUGGGCCACGAGGAGAGAUGGGAGAUGAUGGGCGUGACGGCGUGGGCAGGCCGGGGACUAAAGGCAGACGGGGAGAACCAGGGUUUCCAGGUUAUCCAGGGCCAAAGGGAGCACCUGGAGAUCGAGGUACUCUUGGAGAUCCUGGCCCCAAAGGAAACAGAGGCCACAGGGGGACCCCAGGAUCACCGGGCCCACAAGGUCAAAAAGGAGAAAGAGGAUAUGCAGGCCCAACUGGACAUAAGGGCGACAGAGGAGAAUCAAGAGAUCAAUGUGCACUUGUGCGCUACAUCAAAGAUAAAUGCCCUUGCUGCUAUGGUCCAAGGGAAUGCCCAGUUUAUCCAACAGAACUGGCAUUUGCUAUAGAUACUUCUUCUGGUGUAAGUGGAGAUGCUUUCAACAGAAUGAGGCAAGCGGUGGUUGCAAUUAUUAAAAACCUCACCAUUGCUGAGAGCAACUGCCCCCGCGGUGCCCGGGUUGCGUUGGUUACGUAUAACAGCGAGGUCACUACAGAGAUCCGUUUUGCUGACUCUCGCAACAAAGCCAGCCUCUUGAACCAGACGGAGGCCCUCCGAGCCACACAGACAACCAAACAGCGAAGUUUAGAGACAGCCAUGUCGUUUGUCGCCAGGAAUACAUUCAAAAGAGCACGCAGUGGAUUCCUCAUGAGGAAAGUGGCUGUUUUCUUCAGCAACGGGCCAACGAAAGCAUCUUCGCAGCUCAGUGAGGCCAUGCUGAAGCUCUACGAUGCAGGGGUCGUGCCUGUGUUCCUCACGAGCAGAGAAGACCGGGCCCUCGUGAAUGCACUGCAGAUCAACAACUCUAUAGGUGGCCAGGUGAUCACAUUUUCUGGUGGUCCAGCUCAAAUUAACCAAGCUAUUAGGAGAGUAAUAACAUGCCAUAUUUGCCUGGACGCAUGUGAUCCUGAUCCUGCCUGUGGCCCGCAAAGAGCCCCCUUUGGCAGAGACAGACGGGCGGCUCCGACAGACGUUGACAUCGAUGUGGCCUUCAUUCUGGACAGUUCAGAGAGCACCAGUCCUCUGCAGUUCAGAGAGAUGAAGAAGUACAUUGCAUACAUUGUCAGCCAGCUGGAGAUGAGCCCGGACCCGAAAGCAUCUCUGCACCAUGCACGGGUCGCUGUCGUCCAGCACGCCCCGUAUGAACAUGCAUCCAAUUCAAGUACAUCCCCAGUCAAAGUUGAGGUGUCCUUGACAGAGUACAGCUCCAAAGAAAAGCUAAUGGAUUUCAUCGAGAACCGGAUGUCGCAGCUGCAGGGCACCCGGGCAGUGGCAAGUGCCAUUGAAUAUACCAUGAGGCUUAUUUUUGAGCGGGCGCCAAAUCCCCGGGAUCUCAAAGUCAUUGUAUUAAUGGUAACGGGAGAGAUUAAAAACCAGGAGCUGGAGCAGCUUCAGAGAGUGAUCGUGGAAGCUAAAUGCAAAGGGUACUUUUUCGUCAUACUUGGCGUUGGCAGACAAGUGAACAUCCGGAGUAUCUACAGCUUGGCCAGUGAGCCCCAUGACGUCUUCUUCAAGUACGCGGACAAGCCGUCGGAAUUCCACGAAGAGCCCUUGCUGCGCUUUGGGAACCUCUUGCCGUCCUUCAUCAGCAGUGAAAAUGCCCUUUACCUGUCUCCAGAGGUCAGAAAACAAUGUGAUUGGUUCCAGGGAGAUCAACCAGUCAAAAAAUUUGGCCAGAAACAAGUAAUCAUUCCAAAUAAUGUUACUGCCAAAGCAACAACAACAAAAGCAACAACGACAACAACAAAAGCAACAACUACUACAACAAAAGCAGCAACAACUACUACAACAAAAGCAACAACAGCCACUACAACAAAAGCAACAACUACAACAACAACGGAAAAACUGGAAGUGAUGAAGCACAUCACAGGUGAAGUCCUAGUCACGGAUAUCACCGAAAACAGCGCUAAGCUGCACUGGGCGGAGCCUGAGCCUCAACAUGCCUCUAUCUAUAACAUCACUAUCACCUUGGCACAUGACCACUCUUUAGUCCUGAAGCUCAACUUAACUGGCACUGAACGAGUCAUUGGUGGCCUUGGGAGUGGGCAGAAGUACCAUGUUGUGGUCACAGGCUACCCCAAUGCACAUGUCAAAGCCACCUACACAGGAACAUUUAGCACAAAGGCCAUGCCCUUAUCCAAGUUGCCUUCAACUGCAGCAGCCCAGAUGAUGCUGAACACUGAGCCCCUGGAAGAGCCCAAAACAGAUCCUUGCUUGCUGGACCUUGACAUGGGGACACAGUGCAAGGAAUAUCAGGUUAAGUGGUUCUUUGACUACAAAAACAAGAUCUGCACCCAGGUUUGGUAUGGUGGGUGUGGCGGAAACGCCAAUAGAUUUGAGACAGAAGCUGACUGCAUUAGCAGAUGCUUGAAGCCAUCAGAUGAGAAAACCGUGACACUUCCGAAACGUCAAUUGUCAGGACAGGAAGUGCACAAGAAGAAGUUACCCAGGAGAAAAUUAUCGAGAAGGAAAUUGGAAAAAAAAGCAAACAGGAUAGUAAGAGCAGCCAAUAUUUUUUGCUACUUGGAAAAAGAAGACGGAACCUGCAGGGACUUUGUCCUAAAAUGGUAUUUUGAUCCAAAAAGAAACAGUUGUGCUAGAUUCUGGUACGGUGGCUGUGGUGGAAAUGAGAACAGAUUUAACACGCAGAAAGAAUGUGAAAACGCGUGCCUUCCAGCUCAAGUCAGUCCUGGUGUUAUGUCAAUAGGAACUUAAACAAGAACAGAACAUCAACACAUACCUCUAAGAGAAACAGGAGUCAGCCAUUGCCAACAUAGCCCUCAUAGAAGCUAAGGGUGUAGACUACCUUGCACUGUGCUAUUUCAUGCUUUAUGUUCCGUGCAAACCUUGACGAAAGAGUUUUGCUGCACGACUUUAUCAAUAUGGUGCUAAAUCGUUUGUGGACUGAAUGCUAAAUGUGCCUGGGAUAUAAUCAGUACUUUCAACAUUAUGUAAUAUUUACCUACCACAGAUCUAUUUUGUUUGAACAAACUAACAGUUUCCUUUUGGAGUCCAGCAUUACGCCAAAAACCUGGGCAAUGUAAAAAUUAGAAAAUUUGGGGCGGGGAGGGGGAAUCACUGCAAUUGCCAUUUACUUGCUUUUAUGAUUUCCACAACUGAGCAUAACUUUAGACGGAAAGCCUUACAUAAAAGGGAGUAGCCGGUUCUCAAAUGCAAGCGGUCCAACUUUUCAUUCUGCCUUCAAUCUUGUUGGAUUACACUUUAUAGUAACUCUCUUUUAUUCAUAUGUGAUCAAUCAAACUAGGGAAAAAUGCAAUCUUUCUUAAUACGGAUGCACUGCUGGGACCAACAACUGAGUUAAAGAAUUUUUAAAACAUGAUGUAGAAUGUUUUUGGCAAUCCUCUAUUGUUGUGUGUUUUAUAUAUAUAUUUUUUGCAGGGGUGGGGAUUCUAUUUUUAUUGUGGUUUUGUUUUUAGGAAUUCUAUACAAAAGAACUUUUAAAUAAAGUUUAAUUGUGGUUUUGAAA